AUGAAUGACUUGCAGAUGCCCCUCGUUUUGAAGCUAGGAAUAAGCACCCUAAAGCUUACUCUACUACCUUACGCGAUGGCCCCCGGUCUUACUCAUUCCCCUGAGCGUUCGCCAGUUACCACGGCACCGGCAACCGGCAAGCGCACAGUUUACUUGCUGGAUACCCUGCACCCGGAUGCCGUCGAACAUGCAAAGACUCUAUUCAACGUCAUUGGCCCUGGUGACAAAGAGCUGAACAGGUGGCGGGAAAAGGCCUCGGCCAUUGUGAUCCGCAGCUCACAUGUCACCGCACAAGACAUUGCUCGCGCACCCAACCUCAUUGCCAUCGGCAAGCACGGCGUGGGCAUCGACAAGAUCGACCAAAAGGCCUGCGCAAAGCGCGGGAUCAAGAUCCUCAACACCCCCGGGGCCAAUGCUCGCGAUGUAGCCGAGCUGGUGGUUGCUUUGACCAUGACAGUCGCCAGAAGCAUCCGAUCCAUUACAACGCGUCAGAUGGCGGCGCCGGUGCCAAAGGAGACAUGCACAGGAUUGACCUUGCAGAAUAAGACUAUCGGUGUGAUUGGCAUGGGUAACAUUGGACGCACAGUGUCUGAGAUCUUCCACGGUGGAUUCGACGCGAAGCUGAUCGCCUACGAUGCCUUUCUCCCCGAGGACGCUUGGUCGCACCUGCCUCACACGCGGGCAAAAAGCGCACAGGAGGUGAUUGAGAAAGCCGACGUGCUCACCCUGCACAUUCCUUUGACGGAGGAGACACGCAACAUGCUCUCGUACAAGGAGCUGAAGCAGAUGAAGCCCGAUGCGAUUCUGAUCAAUGCCGCGCGGGGAGGGAUCGUGAACGAGGACGACCUCACCCGUGUUCUCUCCGAGGGCCACCUUUGGGGAGCCGGACUCGACUGUCACGAGCAGGAGCCCCCCAGUGCUGAAAAGUAUCGCAAGUUGUGGGAGAAUCUGAACGUGGUCAGCACGCCGCAUAUUGGGGCGGCCACCAACACGGCGCAGAGAGCGAGCUCGAUGGCUGCUGUAAACAAUAUGCAUCGUUAUCUGUGUAGCCUCGAGGGCAGACAGUAG